GUGUGUGCUUUGCCAAAGUCUCUUCACUGACACAUAACCCCAUCAGAUGAUUUGUCCACCAAGAAGUAUGCGCCAAAUCCAUGUCUGAGAACCACUUCAAUCUCAUGCUCCCACCCUCUCUGGAAGCAAAUCCCAACCCACCUCCUCACAUCCUCCCCAGCGUCAAGUCUCCGUCUCUACUCAACUCGAUCCAUUUCACCCACACCAUCAGAACCACCACCCACCCCAAAACUCACACACCUCACCCCCUCCGGAACAGCCCACAUGGUAUCCAUCUCUCACAAAGCUCCCACAACCCGCCUCGCCACCGCAGUCUGCACACUGUAUUUCUCCAACCCCACUGCCCUCCCUCUAAUCCGCAACAACAGCAUGAAAAAGGGCGACGUGUUAUCCGUGGCGAGGAUAGCGGGGAUCAUGGCUGCGAAACGGACAGCUGACCUGGUGCCGCUGUGUCAUCCCAUUGCUAUUACGCAUGUGAGUGUUGAGUUGGAGGUUGUUGGCCAAGAGGCCGGGGAGCAAUUUAUCGAAAGUGGAAAGGGCUUAGAGGGAGAGGGAGGGGGAGAGAGUGUCUCUGUGCCCUGGCAAGGAACGGGACAAGGCGAUGCGUAUCCCUUCAACAAUCCUUCUCCCGAUGCACCUCAACAUAACCUCCACAGUUCAACAAUAAAAACAAAACCAAACGCACAAACUAAACCAUAUACCAGCGGAUAUGAUAAGAAGGAGAGAGAAAGCAGGUUCGGCAGCAUCAACAUCACAGCCACAGUACAAUGCGACGGCAAGACAGGCGUUGAGAUGGAAGCCCUCACCGGAGCCAGCGUAGCUUCUCUCACAGUUUACGAUAUGUGUAAAGCUGUCGACAAAGGGAUGCGUAUCGAGGGAUUGAGAGUGAUCAGGAAAGAAGGUGGCAAGAGUGGAACAUGGGUUGAGGGGGAGAGCGUUGAGGGUGUAAAAUAGCUGGGAGUUCUGGGCGACCAUGUAGGGAUGCUUGUGUGACAUUCGCAAGGACCUGCCCAUUUGUGAGAAUUCGUGUGAAGGAAUUAAAUCUUCGAUUCCCAUGAGUGUUUGGGCACGAAGUUGAACUACACCUGCCACUGUUGUGUAGUACCCUGGUUGCCGAAAGGGUAAACAAAAUACUCGCUUAGCUGCACAACCAGCAGUUGUGACUGGUCAAAGGAGGAUAGAGACUACCCACAAGUUCUCCUGUAUUAAGUCUUACAAUCUCAUAAUACUGCCAGGUUUACCAAAGGUAUAUACUAGAAACCAGCAUCGCUUAAUCGAGAAGUAUCCAAUUAGUAGAC